CUUGCGCGCGCCCCACCGGCCAAAAUGGCGGCUACCGCUAACGUGGAGUCUCGUUUGUAGUGCGGUUGCCCUGCUCAUCCCUUUGCAAAAUGUGAAAGCGGCGGCUGGUGGAGGCGGGUCAUAGGCAAUGAGUCGGCGGAGGAAACUUGAUGACAGCCCCAGCCCGAAGAACACGCCGCACAAAACAGCGGCGACCGAGGAAUGCGGCUCGGUGGUCGAGCCAGGGAGGAGGUGGCUGAGGCCGGCCCACGAUUCGUGGCCCCGCGGGGCUAAAGAGGGGCCUCCCGGGCCAGUGCGGCAGCGAGAGCAGCCUCCAGCAGCCGCCUUGUGCAGUAAAAGUAACCCCGAGGAAAGGUAUGAAACACCAAAGAGAAUGCUGAAAAUGGACUUACUGUCGUCUUCCUUCAGUUCUCCUAAUGAUCCAGAUGGACAGAAUGAUAUCUUUUGGGAUCAGAAUUCUCCAUUGACAAAGCAGUUAGGUAAAGUAAGAAAAAAACGGAUUUACACCACAGAUAGUGAUGAGAUUUCACAUAUUGUUAAUCGUAUUGCUCCUCAGGAUGAAAAACCAACAACAAAUUCUAUGCUGGAUGUGUGGAUUGGUGAAACUGCUAUUCCUUGUACUCCCAGUGUAGCAAAAGGAAAAUCCAGAGCAAAAAUCAGCUGCACAAAGUUAAAAACAAAAAAUCAAGAAGAAGAACUUAUGAAACUGGCUAAACAAUUUGAUAAAAAUAUGGAAGAGCUCGAUGUGCUAGAAGAACAAAACAAGAGGAAUUAUGAUUUUACCCAGAUGAUUUCAGAAACAGAGAUUUUAAGUAAUUAUAAAGAUAAUAUACGGAUGCAGUCAUUACAUAAUAUAGUUCCCGAAAUAGAUAAUGCUACAAAAAAGAAGCCAAUCAAAGGAAACAACAAGAUAUCUGUGGCAAGUGAUCAAAAUAGCAGUCAGAAGCCAUUUGACCAAACUGCUGAAGCAGCGUUGAAUGCCAUUUUUGAUGCUUCUACUCAGAAAUGUAGUGGACAGUUAAGCCAAGAACUGCCAGAGGCUUUUUGGACCACCAGUAAUACUACCUUUGGAAAGACAAAUGCUUUGAAAGAGGAGAAAAUUAAUACUAAUGAAACUCUGGUCGUUGAAAAACUACCAAAUAAAACCCCACGAUCACUUUCUUCUCAAGUAGAUACACCCAUAAUGACAAAAUCAUGUGUGACUUCCUGUACUGAGGAGCCAGAAACUUCUAAUAAGUACAUUGAUGCAUUUACUACCAGUGAUUUUGAGGAUGAAUGGGAAAACUUAAUAGGUAAUGAACCUUUUGUUAUACAAAAUGUCAACAUGCCUGAACUCUUCCCUUCUAAAACAGCCCAGGUUACUGAUCAAAAGGGAAUUUGUACCUUUAAUAGUAAAAAUGAUAAAAAUACGUCAAGAGUAAAUACAAGUCUAGAUGCCAGGUUAGAAGAUUCAAAGGUAUUACAAGAUCUUUCUUCAAAGACAUAUGAUAGAGAAUUAAUAGAUGCAGAAUAUAGAUUUUCACCAAAUUCAGAUAAAUCAAAUAAAUUAUCAUCCACUGAAAAUAAAAUGAAAUUUGAAAACUCUGCCAAUAAAAUUGUUAUUCAAGACAAAAUUCAAGAUUGUACAGUUACAUCUAAUCUGACAAAAAUAAAGGAAGAUAUUCAUACUAAAUUUACUCGUACUGUACAUGCUUCUGAAAAGAAGUCUGCUUUGAAUACAGGAUAUUCUAAUGAACAGAAAAGUAAGUGCAUUUUAAAUCAGUCUGUUAAAUCAUAUGUUAAUACUGAUCUUUUUGGCUCUGCAAAUCUAGGCAAUAAAACCAGUGUUAGUAACCCAAAUCACACCAGUGCAUCGAAAUUAGGCUCUUUCUUUGAUGAUUGGAAUGAUCCCUCAUUUGCCCAUGAAAUUAUUAAAGCAUGUCAUCAAUUAGAUAAUACCUGGGAAGCAGAUGAUGUAGAUGAUGAUUUGUUGUACCAAGCAUGUGAUGAUAUUGAAAGACUAACUCAGCAACAAGACAUCAGAAAGGACAGUAACACAUCAGAAAGUAUACGUAAGAUCAAUAACAAUUCUGAACGUGGAGCCAAAAACAUGUUUACUGUAUCUAAACAAGGAAGUAAUUGGGUACAAUCAAGGCAUUUGAAUCCAGGCAACAUUUCAGUGCAGACAUCUUUGACAAAUAGCUUACAAAUAGAUAAGCCAGUGAAGAUGGAGAAAGGGGAAAUGCAUGGAAAUCCUCCAAGUUUUUUAAGUGCCAUGAAUUCGACUACAUAUUCUGAAAUCUCAAACUGUCAGAUAAAUAAUCUGCAUGUCUCUUGUACUAACACUUGUGUUCCAGUACAAGUGAGUAGUUCCAAAUUGGUUCUUUCAGGAAGUUCAAGUUUGAAUGUAACUUCAGCUCAUAGGAGUACAGAAAUUUCUACUUACAAGAAGAAAUUGAAUACUGAGCAACUAUGCCAUAGCACUGUAACAGAUGAAGCUCAGAGCAGCCUUAACAAAACAGUUGGAUUUCCAAAAUUUACAUUUACAAAGACGAAAAAUUCUCAGAUUCUUUCUCAGUUCAAUCAAGAUUAUGUAACUGGAAGUGUGUCUGAUUCCAAAAUUACACUGGGUGUGGAGAAAAAGAAAAGUGUCAACCCAAUACUGGAGGGAGCUGUUCAACAGCAAUCUUCGGUGAAGCUUUCUGAAUAUUCAAAACAAUCUUCAAAAGAGGAAGAGGAGAAAAAUAGAAAGUGUUCUCCUGAAGAAAUUCAGAGAAAAAGACAAGAAGCGCUGGUUCGAAGAAUGGCUAAAGCACAAGCCUCAUCUGGAAAUGCAGCUCCCACUUCAUUUCUUUAAUGAAAUAUUCGUUGGAAAACUUCACAAAGACUACUGAUAACUAUCUGUGAUAGGAAUUUUUUUCUUGAUUUCUCUGUGAGAAACAUAAUGCUGACUUUUAUAAAGGCCAGACUCCUAUUUUAUUUAAUAAAUCAGUGUUUGCAAUGAUAAAUGAAACAUUUCCUUGACAUGUAUUUGAAAGUCAUUACAUGUAAGUUUUGGAAAUUCAGGAAAGUUAGCAAUUAUGUACAGAAAUUACACAGAGGAAAAUAGUUAUAUUUUUUAAUGCUAUUAUUGCAGAGGAUUCUCAAAAAUAGGUAAUCUAUGUUAUUUCCUAUUGUAAUGUCUUUUCCUAAUAUAAAACUUGAACUUACUAAGUUA